CACUCUCUCGUCUUCUUCUUCUUCUUUUCCUUCCACCACUCUCAGUCGCUCUCUCUAGCCACAACUCAGUGAAAUUAAUCUUCACAACUUUUAUUUACAAAGCUAGACACUUAUUAGUUUUUUAUUUACCCUUCACUAAAACCCUAAACUUGGUUUCUUAUAUAUCUCGUGACUCUUGUUUCUCCGUCCAAUCUCUCUCCUUCUCCACUAACCAACUGUGUUCUUUAUGUAAAACUUCACUCAUAGGCCAGUUUCUUUGGUUUCCAUAAAAAUCUAAGAUUCCAAUUGGUUUUAUUUUCCCGUUCUCUGCUAUUUCAUUAGAUGGUGAACAUUUGUAAGAAGCUUUAUUUCAUCUUCCUCUUUCCCUAAAGUUUUGACCUUUUUUUUUUUUAAUUUCUUCAAUUUUGUAUUUAUACAACAGAAAAGGGUUCUUCAGAGGGUUUAUUUUAGGUGUUUAAAAAAUUUAUUAAAAACACAAUUCAUUUUCAUUUUCCUCCUAAACAAAAGAGAAACCUUUAUGUCAUCACUCUCUGUCCUCCACCUAAACAGAGUAUAGUCUCAUACUGUCUUCGAAUCUCGAGUUUGCUGUUUGAUUUUCUCGGGAAAAAGGCAUAUCUUUUUUUUUCAUUAAGCCAAGAAAAAUGUCGGCUUGCUUAAGCAGCGGCGGAGGAGCCGCCGCAUAUAGUUUCGAGCUAGAAAAGAAGAAAUCACCACCACCACCACCACCGUCAAGCUCGACGACAACGAGAGCUACUUCACCAUCAUCAACAAUCUCCGAAUCAUCCAACUCUCCGCUCGCAAUCUCAACGAGAAAGCCAAGAACGCCGCGAAAACGACCAAACCAGACUUACAACGAAGCGGCGGCUCUUCUCUCCACCGCUUACCCCAACCUCUUCUCCUCAUCCUCAAACAACCUGUACUCCAAGAGGAAGACUCAUCCCAAUCCUCAUCUCUACGGAUUCGCCGCUAAAUCUCCUCUUCUCAGUGACAACGACGACGCUUCCGAGCUUCUUCUCGAAUCCAUCGAGGAGCCAGACUUUCUGUUUCAAGCGCGAUCGGAGUACUUCUCCGAGUUGAAGGAGGUGAACGUGAAUCAAUUUGAAUUCUCCGACGAGUUCGAUGCGGAGUCGAUUCUGGAUGAGGAGAUCGAAGAAGGGAUCGAUAGCAUAAUGGGAAUCGUCGAAUCCAAUUCCGGAGAGAAUCGUGGCCAUCUAAUUAGCCGGUUAGAGCAGAUGAUGAAGAUGAAUCGAAUAGGAUUCAAAUUCGCCGGAAACUUCCCGUUGGGACUUGGACUGAGAAGCGCUCUCAGGGAACACAACGACGCGAACUGGAUGAGAUUUCACACCGUCGAUUUCGAACAGAUCUCGCCGCGGAUCCAAUCCACCGUUGAGGAGGAGAAGAUCGAAAGUAAGAAGUUGAUCGGAGAGAAGAGCAAGAAGAAGAAAAAGAAGAAAGUCCCCGCGGCGGCUAAGACGGUGCCAAUGACGGAAACGUGUAGAGAUGAUAUUGAGGAGAAAUCAGGUCAGUUAAUGUUGAAGCUCGACUACGACGGCGUUUUAGAAGCUUGGUCUGAGAAAGAGUCGCCGUUCUCCGUAGAGAUUCUGGGCUCGGAAGCUGCCGGAGCCGAUGUCAAUGCCAGAUUAGCUCAGAUAAAUUUGUUCGGAGACAGUGGAAUACGGGAAGCAAGCGUUUUGAGGUACAAAGAGAAACGUCGAACUCGGCUCUUCUCCAAGAAAAUUAGAUACCAAGUUCGCAAACUUAAUGCAGAUCAACGUCCUCGAAUGAAGGUAUCUCCAUCCACCUUAAUCCGUGGUAAAAACAUGGACGGUUCGUGAGAAGGCCCAAUGUUAGUCCUCCAAGUGGACAAAGAUAGCAAGGAAAGCAGAGCCAAGAUUCACUCAUUUUAUCUUUUCCAUUCCUUUUUAGUUUUGUAUUAUCUUUUGUGGUUGUUUUAGUUGAAAUUUUGUCACCCUCAUUUUAUUCCUUAGUUUAUGGUCCCUUUCGUUUAUAAUGUAAUUUUUCCUUAAAUAAGGAUCAUGAAGGAGAUGUUAGAUGAGAGAAAUUGAGGGAUCAAAACGAAUAAAAGUUUUUCUUUUUGGUUUUUGCACAAAGAAA